CUUAUGUCAUUCAUAUGCACUUUCUCCUCUCUUUCCGUUCCCUCUGUUUUCUUGUCAAACACAAAUUCAUUUCUUUUUCUUCUACCAUUUUUUCCAUCAAAAUGUGAUACAAACCCACAUAAGUAAGAGGAAAAAAGAGUCACCUUUUUGUAUCUUUUAAGCAAACACAAGUUUAGUGUGCGAGUUGAGUUUGUGCCAGGGGAUAAUGGGUAACUGUCUAGGUUCUUCGGCUAAAGUAGAAGCAGCUCACAGUUCCAGAACCCCUUCUGGAAUUUCAAAGACUAGUCCUUUAUCUGUUCCUUCCAACUUAUCUAUUCAAUCAUACUGUGAAGCAAGUGAUGUCUCAAGUCUUCCCACACCAAGGUCCGAGGGUGAAAUCUUGUCUUCCCCAAAUCUUAAGGCCUUUGCCUUUAAUGAGCUAAAGAAUGCCACCAGAAACUUUCGCCCCGACAGUCUUCUUGGGGAAGGAGGAUUUGGUUGUGUUUACAAGGGGUGGAUUGAUGAACACACAUUUACAGCUUCAAAACCUGGAUCAGGAAUGGUAGUUGCUGUUAAGAAACUCAAGCCUGAAGGGUUACAAGGUCAUAAGGAGUGGUUGACUGAAGUGGACUACCUUGGGCAACUUCACCAUCAGAAUCUUGUUAAAUUGAUUGGAUACUGCGUGGAGGGAGAGAACCGGCUGUUGGUCUAUGAGUUUAUGUCCAAAGGGAGCUUAGAGAAUCAUCUAUUUAGAAGGGGACCACAACCUCUAUCUUGGUCAGUGAGAAUGAAAGUGGCCAUUGGCGCUGCCAGAGGACUCUCUUUUCUUCAUAAUGCUCAGUCUCAAGUCAUAUACCGUGAUUUUAAAGCAUCUAAUAUCCUACUUGACGCUGAUUUCAAUCCUAAACUCUCUGAUUUUGGUUUAGCAAAGGCUGGCCCUACGGGUGAUAGAACUCAUGUAUCUACUCAAGUUAUGGGAACUCAAGGAUAUGCAGCACCUGAAUAUGUUGCAACAGGUCGGCUGACGGCUAAAAGUGAUGUAUACAGCUUUGGAGUUGUGUUGCUUGAGUUAUUGUCUGGUAGACGUGCAGUUGACAGAACAAAAGCUGGUGUGGAACAGAAUCUAGUAGAGUGGACAAAACCAUAUUUGGGUGACAAAAGAAAACUAUUUCGGAUUAUGGACACCAAGUUGGGAGGCCAAUACCCACAAAAAGGAGCUUACAUGGCUGCUACUCUUGCGCUACAAUGCCUAAAUCGCGAAGCCAAGGCAAGACCUCCAAUGACAGAGGUUUUGGAAACUCUUGAGCAGAUUGCAGCCUCAAAAACUGUAUGUAGAAACAACCAAUCGGAACAGAAGAGAGUCCAUAUUCCUGCAAGAAAGUGUAAAGUGCAAAUGGGUGCCCAUUGAACCAUACUCCUACUUCAUUCAUUGCCAUUUCAGCCAUUAUCUGCUUGUGUGCAUCAAAUUUUGAACAUCUGUAUAUACGUUCCUUUUUUUAUGCGGUUGUUUUUGAGAGGACAUAUUGUGCCAUGAACUUCAAUGAAAUUUCAUUUAAUUAUUAGCGCA